AUGUCGCGGAACGUGGGAGUGCUCGGCCAAAUGUCCGAAAUCAACGAUCAUUUGUAUCUGUCGGGCGCCGGAGUGCUGAAGCCGGAGAAGAUAAAGCAGCGGAAGAUCAACAUGAUUGUGAAUGCGACGACGGAGGAGCCGUCCACUUAUAUGCAGGGUGAGCAGCAGAAUCGGAUGGGGAAGAGGAUCGGAAUGAAGAAGUUUCAGGCGUGGACACUCUUAAGAUUCGCAUCGAAGACCAUCCGUACGCCAGGCUCAGCGAACACUUUGACACCGUCGCCGAUAAGAUCCGCAAUGUUAAGGUAAACUAACCAUUUUCCUGUUUCUAAUAGCUGAUUACCAUGAAAAUGACAAUUUUUCGAGUUCGGUAAAUUCACCCACUCAUAAAACAGUACUCUUUGGCCCGUCGUUCCCCUCAAAACGACCAUAAAUUCAGUGAAGAACGUCAAGAGCAAUUACGGAAAAAACUAGUUUCCAUUUCCCUUUCACACAAAAUUUGCGAACCGAACGCGUUUUUUUUCAGGAGCGCGGCGGUCGAACCCUAGUGCACUGCAUGGCCGGCGUGUCGCGAUCCGCGUCGCUCGUCAUGAUUUACCUGGUGAAGCACGAGCACAUGACCCUCAGACAGGCCUACCACUACGUGAAGGCCGCCCGUCCGAUCAUCCGUCCCAACGUCGGAUUCUGGAAGCAGAUGGUCGACUACGAGAAGCGAUUGAGGGGCACGUCGUCGGUGAAAAUGGUGCAGACGCCGGAGUGCGACAUGCCGAUUCCGGACGUGUACGCCGACGAUUUGCGGAGACUUCAGAUGCAACGGGAGGCGGCUAGACACUCGCUUCCGAGCAGUCAGAGCUCCGCGAGCAAGCACAGAGCCUUCUCGGCGAGGUGAGCAUCAAAGGGAAGUGUGUACAUUAGCAUGAUCUUUCCAGCACGUACCGCCCAUCGCCUGCCACGUCGUCAGCGCUCACUUCGGCGUCGCUCCGUCGCGCGUACAGUCCGUCGUCGCUUCCGUCGUCGAGCCUCGCGCUCACCUCUUCCUACAGCCUCUUCUCGCCGGCGCCCACCAGAAAACCACGUCAGAGCCUCUUUUCGAUGUACUCCACCUCGCCACGUCACAACUUUUUCUCGGCGUUCUGA